GGAAAGACUACUGCUGUAGGACCGACCAUUCCCUGGUCCAGUUGUCAUUUUGCUCAUGAGAUUCUUUAGAUUUGGGAAGCUGCAUCUUUGAUUUUAGAGCCAUUUGAUAGAUUUAAUGGCAAACUCAGUGCUUUCAUUAAAUGAAAAAGGUGAAAAAGAAAACUGUCUAAUCAAAGAGCAGAGAUGCAGAGCACUUCAAAUUACCUCUGGCUGUUGUCUGACAUUCUAGGACAGGGAGCUACUGCAAAUGUUUUCCGAGGGCGACAGAAGAAAACUGGGGAUUUAUAUGCUGUCAAAGUAUUUAACAGUAUAAGUUUCCUUCGUCCUGUGGAUGUUCAGAUGCGAGAGUUUGAAGUACUGAAGAAACUAAAUCAUAAGAACAUUGUAAAAUUAUUUGCCAUCGAAGAAGAGACAACAACUAGACACAAAGUUCUAGUUAUGGAAUUUUGUCCAUGUGGGAGUUUGUACACAGUUUUAGAGGAGCCAUCUAAUGCCUUUGGUUUGCCAGAGUCUGAGUUCUUGAUUGUUUUGAGAGAUGUGGUGGCUGGAAUGAAUCAUCUCCGUGAGAAUGGAAUAGUGCACCGUGACAUCAAACCAGGCAAUAUAAUGCGUGUUAUAGGUGAAGAUGGUCAGUCUGUUUAUAAACUUACAGACUUUGGAGCUGCAAGAGAACUUGAAGAUGAUGAACAAUUUGUUUCUCUCUAUGGCACAGAAGAGUAUUUACAUCCUGAUAUGUAUGAGCGAGCAGUCUUGAGAAAAGAGCAUCAGAAAAAGUAUGGAGCAACAGUUGAUCUGUGGAGCAUAGGGGUGACCUUUUACCAUGCUGCAACAGGGAGUUUGCCUUUCCGACCUUUUGAAGGACCUCGUAGAAACAAGGAAGUGAUGUAUAAAAUAAUCACUGGAAAACCUUCAGGGGCUAUUUCUGGAAUACAGAAAGCAGAAAAUGGACCAAUUGAGUGGAGUUGGGAGAUGCCUAUCUCUUGUAGUCUUUCAAAGGGUCUGCAAGUUCUCCUCACACCUGUCCUUGCGAAUAUUCUCGAAGCAGACCAGGAAAAAUGCUGGGGAUUUGACCAGUUUUUUGCAGAGACGAGUGACAUACUGCACCGAAUAAUAAUCCACAUAUUUUCAUUACAGCAGAUGACCUUGCACAAAAUUUAUAUUCACAACUAUAAUACAGCUGCUAUAUUUCAUGAAUUGGUCUACAAACAGACAAAAAUUCCAUCUCAGAAUCAAGAACUGAUAUAUGAAGGUCGGCGUUUAAUACUAGAGCCUGGCAGAUUGGCACAGCACUUCCCCAGAACGACUGAGGAGAAUCCUAUCUUUGUAGUGAGCAGGGAACCUGUCAACAUUGUUGGAUUAAUCUAUGAAGAAGUUUUACUUCCAAAAGUACAUCAACGUUAUGAUUUGGAUGGGGAUGCCAGUAUGGCUAAAGCUGUGACAGGUAUUGUAUGUUAUGCCUGUAGAGUUGCCAGUUCUUUGCUACUUUACCAGGAGCUGAUGCGAAAAGGAAUACGAUGGCUAAUUGAAAUAAUCAAGGAUGAUUACAAUGAAAUGGUUCAUAAAAAGACAGAGGUUGUCAUCAGGCUGGAUUUCUGCAGCAGAAACAUUGAGAAAGCUGAGAAAAUAUAUGAGAAUUUGAUGCAGAUCAACUUGGAAGCAUCAGAAGUGGAUGAAAUUUCAGAGAUACACACAAAACUGUUGCGUCUCUCCAGCUCUCAGGGCACAAUAGAAACUAGUCUUCAAGAUAUCAAAACCAAACUCUCUCCUGGUGGUUUACUGGCUGACGGCUGGGCAAAUCAGGAAGGCAUGCAUCCAAAAGACAGAAAUCCAGAAAGGCUGCAGGCGCUGCUGUCUUCCAUCACAGACAUUUAUUAUCAGUUCAAAAAAGACAAAGCAGAACGAAGGCUUCCCUAUAAUGAAGAACAAAUUCACAAGUUUGACAAGCAGAAGCUGUAUUUGCAUGCUACGAAAGCCAUAGCUCUUUUCAAAGAUGAAUGUGUCAGCAAGUAUGAUGCAUUUUUGGACAAAGCUGAGGACUGGACAAGGAAAAUGCUUCACACAAGGAAACAGUUACUGGCCCUCACCAACCAAUGUUUUGGUAUUGAAGAAGAGGUUUCCAAAUACCAGGACUAUAUAAAUGAGUUACAAGAUGCACUGCCACAGAAAAUGUUUGCAGCUUCCAGUGGGAUGAAACAUACAAUAAAUACAGUCUAUCCAAGCUCAAACACAUUAGUGGAAAUGACCCUUGGUAUGAAGAAACUAAAGGAGGAAAUGGAAGGUGUUGUUAAAGAGCUGGCUGAGAACAAUCACAUUUUGGAAAGAUUUGGUGCUUUGACUAGGGAUGGUGGCCUGCGGAACGUGGACUGUAUCUAGCUUUCAGAGGACCGGAAGAGGACUUGUAAAUUUUUUCAAAGGGAAAAAAGUACUCUUGGGACAUUUAAAGGCAGAUAAUAAAUCUGUAUCCAGGUUUUUUUCCUUUGACAACUGUAAUAUUAAAGAAAAUGUAAAUAUGUAUAAGAUGUAAAUAUAAAAGAAAUAUAUAUCUUUUCUUGGUCACUUUCAGGAUUGAAUUACUUCUGGCAGGGAAUUGAGCCCCUUGGAGGAUUUCUGAGGAAAUCCUAAAGGAAAAGGUGUUGUUUAUGAAAUUGACGUUUGUCUGCUUUGAAUAUUGCCUUUUUUUUCAGAAUGCAGUUUGGUCUUCACUGCAAGAGGACUUGCAGAACUCCAUAACACCCUUGUAUAAAAGGUGUUUUGGAUUUCCUUUAACAACCACUGUUAUUUAGGAGUCCAGCUGAAUGCCUUUGAUCACCACAGAACAUGAUGAAUGUCUUAAAUGAGAUGUCUUUAAAUGAGUGUGAGAAUAGGGACUAAAAGCGCAUAGGACAGAGCGGAAAUGCAUUUCUCUUUCCAUCACAUCCAAACUUAGUUCACUUCUACUUGAGAAAGAAAACUACUAUUUUUUUAAGCUCUCUUCAUAUUUGGUGCCAUGUUGCGUGUAAUCAUUUGACUGCUCUGUAUAUGGAAGUUUUGCACUCCAGCAUGUCUGACUGAAUGUCAAAAUUCCUUUUUUGGAGUACACCACUUUCAGAAUUUCCCUGUAAUCUUGGUGUUCACCAUAAGAGAAGUGGGUUCUUAAAAUAGCUUUUUCAGGAUAUUGUUUGCAGGUAUAAUUUAAAAAAAAUAUUAAAAAUUUAUAUGAGGAGAAUUUGUGGGUAGUCAGACUGGAUAGCAUCAUGCUUCAGUAGUAACUGAAUGUUGGAAAAAUAAGUUACUAGUCUAGAUCUUGAAAAGGGACCAUACCCACUGCUGAGUUAUGACUGAGAUCUCAAACUCAGAUGGAAAAUUUAGUAAGACUCUAUUUUCCAGUAUGAGUAGUUAGUACUU